GCAAAGAUCCUCUUUCUCUCUCCCCCACCCCUGCCAUCCUUAAUCCCCAAGGUUUUCUGUAGUAUACUAUAUACUCUCACUUGCAUCUUGCAGCACCUCUCUCAGCUUUCCAUCCCUAAUCCUCGGUCGGGUUUUGGCUCUACCACCUUUAUUUUCUGUAUCUUUACCCCUCUUUCUCCUUUGCCCGCCUCCGAUCCCGCAAUCCUAUCUCCAUUUCUAGGGUUCGACCAAACACAUCCUUGCACUGUAAUUUAGUCGUAUAUCCUCUUUAUCUAAGAGGAGAACCCUGCACUCGCUGCCAUAUGUUUAUUAGUUAUGAACUGAAUAACGGAAGGCUUGACUUCCUGGGUCAUGGGAGUGAAGGAGUCUGGGUGACAGGAAGCAAGCGGGCUGUCAUGCCUAUUGCCUAGCUGCCAGAUUAAAACAGCGUGAUUGCCCCACAGGCUGGCUAUUCAGUGUAAAGAAGACAAAAAUUCCUUGGGAACCUACCUAGUAGAUUUUCCUUGCAGAUUUGGUAGACGCAAAAAGCAAAGGGGAAACAUGGGCAAAGGAAGAUUUGAUGAAAAAGAAAAUGUGUCCAACUGCAUCCAGUUGAAAACCUCAGUUAUAAAGGGUAUUAAGAACCAACUGAUAGAGCAAUUUCCAGGUAUUGAACCAUGGCUUAAUCAAAUCAUGCCUAAGAAAGAUCCUGUCAAAAUAGUGCGAUGCCAUGAACAUAUAGAGAUCCUUACAGUAAAUGGAGAGUUACUGUUUUUUAGACAAAGAGAAGGGCCUUUUUAUCCAACCCUAAGAUUACUUCACAAAUAUCCCUUUAUCCUGCCACACCAGCAGGUUGAUAAAGGAGCCAUCAAAUUUGUACUCAGUGGAGCAAAUAUCAUGUGUCCAGGCUUAACUUCUCCUGGAGCUAAACUUUACCCUGCUGCAGCAGAUACGAUUGUUGCCAUCAUGGCAGAAGGAAAACAGCAUGCUCUGUGUGUUGGAGUCAUGAAGAUGUCUGCAGAAGAUAUUGAGAAAGUCAACAAAGGAAUUGGCAUUGAAAAUAUCCAUUAUUUAAAUGAUGGGCUGUGGCAUAUGAAGACAUAUAAAUGAGCAUCAGAAAGAAUGCACUUUGACUAAUAUGGAUAUUGUGCUGUAUCUGUGUUUGUGUCUGUAUAUGACAUCAUGAAGACAGUGCUUCUUUGAUUAUGCUGAAUAAAUUCAACAGAUGCUAAAAUUCUGUUAGCUUAAAAAAUCAUUUUAGUUUUUCUUAAACUGGAGUUCAAGUUGGGUAACAAACUUGGACAUUAAAAGGUAUCUGGUAAGUAACCAAACUCAAGACGGCUUCAUGUCCUUUUUUAGGCUAAUGAUAAAGGAACUUGCCAGUAUGUGGCUGACCCCCCCCCCGCCCCCCAGAGAUUCUGACAAGUUUGGGGGAAUUUUUAUCCCAUUACCCCAGGGCACCUAGAAGUGCCCCUUCUCUUUUGUGUGUGUUGUUUGUUUGUUGUUGUUUUUCAAUUUUUCAUUAUGGAAAAUUCCAAACAUAUACAAAAGUAUGGGAAGAAUAGUAUAAUGUGCCUUUUCUGUAUCCAUCACCUAGCUUCAGUUUAUGGCCAGUCUUAUUUCAUCUAUAUCUCACUUAUUCCUUCCUACUCUGCUCCUUAAUUAUUUUGAAUAAAAUCUCAGAUAUAUAAUUUUAUCCAUAAUUACUUUAAUAUGUAUCUUCAAAAGAUAAGUGGUUUUAUUUUUAUAAAAAACAUAACCCCAAUAUUAUCACAUCUAAAAAAUUAAUUUUUUAAUAUGAGCAAAUAUCUGGACUAUGUCCAAAUAUGUGACAGGUGUACUUGAUCGUCUCUUUCUUAACUUGGUUUGCUUGAAAUAGGUACCAAAGUCCAUUUAUUGUAUUUGAUUGUUAUUUAUUUAAAUCUCCUUUUUAAAAAAAUAUUUAUUUAUUUAUAGUGAGAGGGGAAGGGAAGGAGAAAGAGAGGGAGAGAAAUAUCAGUGUGUGGUUGCCUCUUGCACACCCCAUCCUGGGGACUUGGCUUGCAACCUAGGCAUAUGCCCUGGCUGGGAAUUGAACCUUUGACCCUUUGGUUCAUAGUCCAGUGCUCAAUCCCACUGAGCCACACCAGCCAGGGCUAAAUCUCUUUUAAUUAGUAAGUUCUCCCUCCUUCUCUUCCUCUUUAAGAUAUUGAGUUGUUUUCUCUUACACAAUUUCGUCUGACGUUCCGGAUUUUGUCAAUUAUAUCACUGUAAAGUAAUUUAACUUAUUGUUUUUGCCCCUUGUCUAGUCUAUAAACAGAUAAGCUUAAUCAGAUUCAGGUUCCAUCCACUUAGUGCUCUCUCUUGAAAGUAUAUAGAUGCCCUGAACUUCCAGAUUUGGGUCCCCACUGUAUUCUUCAAAGAAUGUGUAUCUCCUGUCAUAAGUGGCAUAGAAGGACCAUAGACCUACCUCAGUAAAAUCAGUAAGCAGUUUUGGGAGUUAUAUGAGCAGUUAUGAACCUAUACAGUGAUAAUGGACUUUUUUUUUCCCUGAUAAUCUUGCUGUCAUUCUAGUGUCUCAGACAUCUUUACUUGGUUGUUUAUGAAUAUGUGACAUGUGGUUUUAUUUUUCAGAUGGAUAAAGACAUUUACAAUAUUGUGGUGACCUGUGUUACAGUUAGAAGUUGGUGAGAAAGGUGAGGGACAGUAAAAAGAGAGAGAGCAUUUAGCUGGCUGUUGUAGCUGGGCCGCCCAAAGUGUAACACCAGGGUCUGACUCUCAGAGUGAGAAACAAUUUCCCACUAAUGAAAUUUGUAAGAGUUUCAUGUUAGAAUGUAGAUGUAUUAAUUUAUAGUGAUAAGUCUGCUAAGGGGAAACAAUUAGUAUACUAGAAAUUUCUUGGUGAACAUGGGUGAACAAAAAGCAAAGGAAGGUUGAUAAUCUGGGGAAAUAUUUCAUCUGAGCUGGCGCAAUGUUUGGAGAGGUUUUCCUGUUUCGUCAUCAAUUAGAAUUCUUGUCUGCCAUACUCUUUGUUUCCCGGCCUAGAGAGGCACCCUAAUAUUUUAUUUCCUCUACUUUUUAAGUUCUCUGUUGAAUAUGUUCCUUUGUUAUGAAAGUUACAUUUUAUAGUCUUCCAUAUUGUUAUAUUUUAUUAUGCCUGUUGGAUACAAGUAUAAAUAAUGUUAUUAGUAAUA